AACCCACUAAAAGAAUUAAUUAAAAAAAGAGAGAAAAAACCAAGAAGGAUUCGCAGUUGAAUCUUUAAAUUUUGAAAGCUCUUGUUUCCCCUUUCUCAUUUUAUUUUAUUCAAUUUUACGUUUUUCUUCCUAACCAGAAAGACCUGGUACUAUACGGAGCAGCUGAAACUAACAUCAACAAUGGAGGCUACGAUCUGGGUUUUGGUUUUCUGCCUAACACUUACUCUGGUUCUGUCCGUUUUCGGAAACUCCGAAGGAGAUGCUCUUUACACUUUGAAAAAAGGCUUAACCGACCCCGAUAACGUGCUCCAGAGCUGGGAUCCCACCCUUGUCAAUCCUUGUACUUGGUUCCACAUCACUUGUAACCAACAUAAUCGAGUCACUAGAGUAGAUUUAGGUAAUUCGAACUUAUCUGGACAUUUGGUUCCAGAGCUUGGGAAGCUCAAUCAUUUGCAGUAUCUGGAGCUUUACAAAAAUAAAAUCCAAGGAACCAUCCCUUCCGAACUUGGAAACUUGAAGAGCCUCAUCAGUUUGGACCUAUAUAACAACAACAUCUCAGGGACAAUUCCUCCUUCACUAGGAAAAUUGAAGUCUCUUGUAUUCUUGCGGCUUAAUGAUAACAGGUUAACUGGACAUAUCCCUCGGGAACUUGUUAGUAUUUCAAGCCUUAAAGUUGUUGAUGUGUCAAACAAUGAUUUGUGUGGAACGAUUCCUACCAGUGGACCAUUUGAGCAUAUUCCUCUGAACAACUUUGAGAAUAACCCCCGACUUGAAGGUCCGGAGUUGCUGGGGCUUGCAAGUUAUGAUACGAAAUGCUCGUGAACUAUAGGUUGGUGCUGCAAUGAUUCGGGUUAGCUAUAUGUAGUCAUAAAAUUACAAGUAUCUGUAAAUCUGCAUACCUGCUUGGCUGUAUUAGCAUACGUAACUUAAGUAUCAUACUGCUCUUAAGAUGUUAAAGAUAACUAGCAUUGACUUUGAUGUAAUGGUAGUGACUAAGUUUACUGCUGGCGUGCAUCCUUACUAU